CUCUGUAAUUGCUCCCAAGACAGUUGUCAGUCAGUGUGUGUUGUGUGGGUUUCAGGACCCCCACCCACUGGAGCUCAUUGGUUCUUGACGGGCUGUCGGAAAAGCGUUGACAUUGUCCCGGUGACUUGCCCCCGGGUGAUGGGGAGGAGGGACCUACUAUAAAAUAGCCCUCGUCACUCGGGCGUGCCAAACACAAACAGUGCACGAGUGAACUGGAAUAACGAGUGAAUUCUGCAAAGACACACACAAGCACGCGCUUGCACCUGCUACCGGAAUAUUGACAUCUUCGAGAAUCUGAGAGCGCACUGAACACCAUGGACUCCGACACGAGCCGAGUGUCCAGUAGACCUUCUUCUCCUGAAGGCGACGAUCUCUUCCUGUCCGCUGUCAAGAAGUCCGUGGGUUUCUCCGGCGCUGUCUCCUCCACGCAGAGCGAUUCUCCUCCGGAGUUAAGAGGCGUAGACCUGCGGGGCGGCUCCAGCGCCGACGAGGACGCGGUGUCUCUGAAGAUGCUCUCCAAAAAGGACCGUAAACUUCUAUCCGAGAACGAACUGCAGAACAUGCGCCUCAAGAUCAACAGCCGCGAAAGAAAACGCAUGCACGACCUCAACAUCGCUAUGGACGGGCUCCGAGAGGUCAUGCCCUAUGCCCAUGGGCCAUCCGUGCGCAAGCUCUCCAAAAUAGCCACCCUGCUGCUCGCGCGCAACUACAUCCUUAUGCUGAGCAGCUCGCUGGAGGAGAUGAAACGGCUCGUGAGCGAGAUCUACGGAGGAGGGAGCGGGGCUCAUCACACCGGCUUCCACCCGUCCAGUUGUGGCACCCUUACGCACGCGGCGGGCGCUCCGUUACCGGGUCACCCCGCUGCUGUCUCGCACUCGUCUCACCCGGUGCACCAUCCUCUGCUUCCACCAGCAGUCUCCACUGCCGCAUCUCUCUCCGGCCCGGGUCUCUCAGCCGUCAGGCCGCAUCACGGACUCCUCAAGGCACCAACAGCCGGCGCUGGCGCAUUUGGCGCUGGUUUCCAGCACUGGGGUGCGGGGAUCCCGUGUCCGUGCAGCAUGUGCCAGGUUCCUCCGCCUCACGUGUCCGGUAUGAGCACCGUCAGCAUGCCACGACUGACCAGUGACUCAAAAUGAAGUACUGAACUUUGAUAAAAGAACUUUGAGGCGCACCCACAUACUUUUAUAUAUUAAAGCUGUAUUAUCUCGUGUUUAUCAGUUUAUGGCUGAACAAUUGGUUUUUGGAAAGCACAAAUAGUUCUGAAGCGAAGAAAAUGGAUCAAAGCCACUAACAUAGAGUUUUCUAACACUUUAGAGGUAUUAGGUUUACUAUCCAUGUGCAUUUCUGUGUAUAAAGUUUGUGAAAAUGGCAUACCUUACUCUUUUUAGCCUUCAAACACUGGACUGCUAUUUACAAAAUAAGUUUAAUGCGAAACAGAUGUAUAGCAUACAAUUAAGAAUAAAUUAAAACGUACAAUUCAUGCUGCAGUUAAAGAGGGCUAAAUAGUUUAAUGAGCCAUUAAUAUUAGACGAAAUGAUACAUUUGAAAAGUCCUGUAGCUUUGGAAACCAUAAUGGGACUGCACUGUGUAAAUAUGUAGAUAGCGUUUGUACAGUUUGAGAGAUUUUAUAUUACCUUCCCCAGUUUAUGUUUGGGGUCAGAAUUCAUUUGCCAAGCGCUGUCUGUAACAGGAAAGAUGCACCUGUUCAUUCCUGCACUGUAUCUCUCUCUCUCUCUCUCUCUCUCUCUCUCUCUCUCUGUCUUUAUCUCUUCCUCUGUCUCCCUUUAGUUUUCGGGCUUUCCAUCUUUAUUUUUAUCUCUUCUUUCUGCACAAGCUUACCCGUCAUGGCCGAUGCGAAGAAUGAUCAACUUUUAUUUUUUAUAAUAAAGUGCAAAAUGAUAUUUAUUUACUUAUUUUGAUGGUAUUUUCAAAUUAAUG